AUGGCUCCGCCACGACCGGGCUCUCCCCUGCCCCCCAACAAGCCUCCAUACCCCAUCCCCCCGGCACCUCCUACAGUGGCCUCGUACCCUCCUCCCCGUCCCGUUCCCAACUACCCCCCUCCUCCUCCACCAGGGCCACCUACCAGGCCUCGGCGGUUCUGA